AUCUAGAACAAAAUUUAUUGUAAAAGUCAGCUGAGACGUGGACAAUUAACCAUCAAAGUUGUUUACAACGUAGAGUAUCGAAUUAUCAGUGAUGUUCUGAAGGAAAUUAACGAAAUAAUCUAUUAAAAUGGAAUCUAUAUUACGUCUUUUACAAAAAGAGGACCUUCUUGAUGAAUUUUCUUACGAAACAAACGAUGUCAUCGACAGAAAAGUCCAAGAAAACCUAGCAAAAUGGCAAUCUACGGAUAAACCAUUAGCUCCAUUGAAUGAUUCCAAAUUGGAGCUGAUUUAUCAAAUGAGAGAAGCAUUAAAUGAUAAAUAUUUCACCCCUAAAGAAAUCCCAAAAGAAACAGGAGUUAACAAUGGACUUAUCAAUAAUUAUAAAGAUUUUUAUGAGAAAUAUAUUGCCAUUGAAGAUGAAAUAAAAAAGGAACAACAUUCUAGUUAUGACGAACAUAAAACAUAUGUUGAUAAACAGUCUGGUGAUUGCAAAGACCUUUUAAAUGCCGUUGAACACAUUUCUGGUAAACUAGGACAACUAGCAGAUAACUACAAUCAAGUUUCAACAAAAAUCAACUCUUUACACAAUGUGAGUGAACAAUUGAUGAAGCAACAAACUUUGCUUAAAGAAAAGAAGGAGGAAAUUAAUGAGAGGCUUGUACAUUUCACAUUAUACAACACUUUAAACCAAAAUAUUCACUCGCAAAGUUAUAACUUGAACGAUGACAAGUUUAUUCAAGUUUUGGAGCAGAUUAAUACCAGUAUGGCAUAUUUAAGUGAACAUCAAGAAUUUAAGGAAGCUUUUCCUUAUAAAUUGAGAUACGAGCAAUUGCUUUCAACUUGCUUGGCAAAUGUUGUCAGAUAUGUUAAUAAUAUUGUUUUGGAUGCAACUGAACAAGUUGUAAACAAUGCAGACAUGAAAAGUGCGACGAUUUCAGUCGCUAGUUCAGGUGAACCUAGUGUUGAAACAGCAUUUUCAUAUUAUUAUGGUAAAUUUCAAAAUGCCGCCACAAAAACAUCAAAUAUCAUUCGUUACGUUGAGAAUAACUGCGAACGCCAUGAUGCUUAUGAGCGCAGUUUAAUGGACUUUUACAAGUCGUAUUUCUCACAACGCACGCCAGUAAUGCAAGCUGCUGUCUCCAAAGCUCUGCUUGAUUUGAGAGAUAAGUAUAAAACAGAUCACGGUAUUCUAUUCCGGUCAGCAGCGUUGUUUAUCGUUAAAGUUUGUCAAGAUGAGACAACUUGCUAUCAGUAUUUCUUUCAAAACGCAUCACAACAGUUACAUGAUUAUUUAUAUUCAAUUUGUCAGAAUUUGUACGAUGUUUUGAGACCUUGCUUGAUUGGAAUCAAUCAUAUUGAAGUAUUGACUGAAUUAUGCACGAUUUUGAAGGAAAUGGUUGGAGAAAACAUUCAAAACAAUCCUGCUUUAGAUCAAUUUGUUGAUAUAAUCAAGCAACUUUUGCAAGAUGUAGAGGAGCGUCUGGUGUUUCGCACGAAUAUUUUCUUUCAAUAUGAUAUACAUUCAUAUGAACCAUCACCUGGUGAUCUUGCAUACCCUGAAAAGUUGGAACAAAUGGAGGAUAUCGCUGAGGAGUUGAUUCAGCGACGUCCUGAUUCACGUGCUUCUUCUAUUUCAGUUGAAUCACAGGAGGUAGCAGCGAUUAAUGCGUCGGUUGUGGGCCAGUUUCGUAGUUAUACUGGCAAUUCGCCUGCAGAUUUGCAUGGAAUGUGGUAUCCAACUGUAAAACGUACUUUAGUAUGUCUCUCGCGUUUAUAUAUCUGUUUAGACAGAGAAACAUUCCAAGGAGUCGCUCAAGAGGGUUUAUUAAUUUGUGUUAAGACGAUUGACAAGGCUGCAGAGCGUAUUUCAGCUCGUAAAACUCCUUUGGAUGGUAAACUCUUUCAAAUUAAGCAUUUGCUUAUAAUUCGAGAGCAAAUUGCUCCGUUUCAAGUUGAUUUCACUGUUAAAGAGCUUUCUUUGGACUUUACACACAUUCGCUCUGCUGCUGUUGAAUUGGUGCAUAAUCGUGAUAAGAUUUUUGCUUUCAACGGCAAUAAUGCUAUCCUAGAGUUUCUUCUUGAAGGCACUCCGCGUGUUAAAGCGUAUUUGAUUGAUUCACGGAAGGAAAUUGAUAAACAAUUAAAAGCAUCAUGUGAAAAUUUCAUAGCUAACACAACUACGCUUUUAAUUGGUGCGCUUCAACAGUUUUUACAAAAGGGUGAAUAUCAAUUGAAACUUAUCGAAAGUUUUAAAGAUAGCACCACUCCUCCUAUUCGUGAACAAAUUGCGACUACUCCACAAGUUUUAGCAGGAAUUACAACUGCAGUUCAGCGCAAUUUGAAAACAAAGAUUCCUGAUGUGCAGAAAUCUAUGCGUUUGUACUUGGCUAACAGGGAAACAGAGUUUAUUUUGUUCCGCCCAAUCAAAAACAAUAUAAUCAAUACAUUCAUUCAACUGGAGCAGUUUUUGGUAAAUGCAAAGUAUACACAGGAUGAUAUGCUUUUGGUUGGUUGUCCUACUGCUGAACAACUUAAUGUUCUUAUUUCUUCGGUUUCGUUGAUGGCUGAUCAAGAACAUCAUCAUUUGAAUCGUUCCACUAGUCAUAAUAGCAACAAAUAACUUUAAUUUUAAAUUUUUAUUACAAAAUGGCUUUAGAAAGUAUAAAAUGGCGGAUAUUCCUGCGCAAUAUGAAAAGUAUUUACUUAUAAAUAUAAAUAAGUAUAAAGGAGUAUAUACAAUGCUGCAAUGUAUUAAAUAAUUUGAUUUCUUUUGAA